AUGGUUGAACAUGGGCCUGUCCACAACAGCGAGGUCUACGUCCUCAGCCAGACGCCUUUUCCGAACCACCUCCACCGCGGCGGCCGUCCCUCCCCGCCGUCGCCCAUCACCCCGGCCGAAGACGACUUCUGCUGCUCGCCCAUCGACAAGCUCCCGCUGCACAACUUUGUCGAGCCCGCCAUUGCAGCAUGUGAAGAGCAGCUCGCCGUCGAGUCGCGCCUCUCGGGCGCCGUGCACCUGCUCAACACGGCUUCCACUGCGCUCUCGUGCAUCACCGACCUGUACUCGUCCGACCGUGUUGCGCGCGACGGGUUUCACCGCGCCGUCGACGCCAUUGUCCGGCGGCAGGGCGAUCAUGGGCGCAAUGGCAAGCUGGUCAUCAUCGGCGUGGGCAAGUCCGGACACAUUGCCAAGAAGCUAGUCGCUACCUUCAACUCGCUCGCCAUCCAGGCUGUCUUCCUCCACCCAACCGAAGCCCUGCACGGCGAUCUGGGCCAGAUCAACAGCCGGAACGACACCCUUAUGCUGAUCACCUUCUCGGGCAAGACGCCCGAGCUACUUCUCCUCCUCCCUCACCUGGACCAGUCACUACCACUCAUCCUGCUCACAAGCCAUACCCGCCCAGAGACAUGCGAGAUUGUCCGCCAGCGACCAGACACCAUCCUCCUCCCAGCCCCAAUCCACGAACCCGAGACCAAAUCCUUUGGCGUCAGCGCACCGACAACUUCCACGACCGUUGCACUCUCAGUCGGCGAUGCCCUAGCUAUGGUGGCCAGCCACGAACUGCACCCUUCUGUAUCAAAGGUCUUUGCGAAGAACCACCCUGGAGGCGCUAUCGGCGCCGCUUUGCGCGGCUCUUCCGUCUCGCCUUCCCCCUCCAUUAGCUCCUCAACCUCAGGAACCACCCCAUCUUCUUCCCGCACCACAUCCUCCAUGUCCAUCUCCUCUCAACCACCAUCACCACCAUCACCACCACCAGCAGCACGCCACUCCCUCCGCGACCUAGCCAUUCCCCUCCACGAAAUCCCUUGUCUUGAAAACCAACCGGGUCACGACCCAACAACACCCACCCUCACAGCCGCCGACCUCCUUCUCGCCGCUUACGCCUCCCCCUCCGGAUGGAAUCAAACGCCUCACCCCUGCCCAACUCUCUCUUUCUUUAUCUGA